AAAAGUUGGGGAAACAAGAACCAUCUUUUGACUCGAGAGUAAAAUGAAAGAGAGGCAAAGGUUAGAUCUCACAAAGAACAAACAGCAAAUAAUGCAGAUUUUGAAUAUGGUCUCUUCUUAACUCUCUGUCACCCGGAAGCUUGACUUCGUUUAUGGAGAUAGACGCAGCUCCUAUUAGCCGCUGCUCUAAAGAGCACGAAAGGAUCUAUCACGAAUGGUUCAUCUGUGCUGAUUCAGAUAGAGAUGGACGCAUCACCGGAGGCGAUGCCACGAAAUUCUUCUCCAUGUCUAACCUGUCCCGCCAGGAUCUUAAGCAGGUCUGGGCGAUUGCAGAUUCCAAACGGCAAGGCUAUCUUGGUUUUAAAGAAUUUGUGAUUGCUAUGCAGUUAGUGUCUUUGGCUCAAGGUGGACAUGCAAUCACUGCUGAUCUUUUACAUGCGAAAGUUGACUUCGAAAAUUUAGAGCCACCAAAAAUGGAAGGUUUGCAUGCUCUCCUGGAAAAGAAAAAUUAUGUGCCGAGAAGUGAACCCAAGCUGAAUGUGACUGCAGUCAGCUCUCCCAAGCAAUCCUCCCCAGCAGCUAGUUGGUUUCAGUCAUCACAAUCUGUAAAGAAGGUCUCUUUAAGCUCAGUGACAUCAAUAGUUGAUGGAUUAAAAAAACUGUACAUUCAGAAUCUUAAACCACUAGAAGUCACAUACCGCUUUAACGAUUUCGUAUCUCCGACAUUGACAAACAGUGACUUUGAUGCCAAGCCUAUGGUGAUGCUUUUGGGCCAAUACUCUACGGGGAAGACAACUUUUAUUAAACAUUUACUUAGAAGCAGUUAUCCAGGAGCUCACAUUGGGCCAGAACCUACAACUGAUAGAUUUGUGGUCGUAAUGAAUGGACCUGAUGAAAGAAGUAUUCCAGGGAACACAAUUGCUGUUCAAGCAGAUAUGCCAUUCAGUGGUCUGACAACUUUUGGAACAGCAUUUUUGUCAAAAUUCGAAUGUUCUCAAAUGCCUCAUCCUCUAUUGGAACACAUUACGUUCGUUGAUACUCCUGGAGUUUUAUCUGGAGAAAAGCAACGAACACAAAGAAGCUAUGACUUUACUGGAGUAACAUCAUGGUUUGCUGCCAAGUGCGAUCUCAUCCUGUUGUUAUUUGAUCCUCACAAACUUGAUAUUAGUGACGAGUUCAAACGUGUGAUUUCAUCUCUCCGAGGUCAUGAUGAUAAGAUAAGGGUUGUUCUGAACAAAGCUGAUCAAGUUGAUACUCAACAACUUAUGCGGGUUUAUGGGGCACUGAUGUGGUCCUUGGGAAAAGUCCUUAAUACUCCUGAGGUUAUGCGUGUUUACAUUGGGUCAUUCAAUGACAAGCCCAUAAAUGAGGCUGUUACUGGUCCACUUGGGAAAGAACUUUUUGAAAAGGAACAGGAUGACUUGCUGAGUGACUUGAGAGACAUACCAAAGAAAGCUUGUGAUCGACGUAUAAAUGAAUUUGUAAAGCGUGCUAGAGCUGCCAAGAUCCAUGCCUAUAUAAUUAGUCACUUAAAGAAAGAGAUGCCUGCGAUGAUGGGCAAAGCCAAGACUCAACAGCGACUUAUUGACAACUUGGCUGAAGAAUUUGGCAAGGUUCAAAGAGAGCAACAUUUGCCUGCUGGGGAUUUCCCAAAUGUUGAACACUUCAAGGAAAUUCUGAGUGGGUACAACAUUGAUAAGUUUGAAAAGUUGAAACCCAGAUUGGUUCAAGCUGUAGAUGAUAUGCUUGGAUACGACAUCCCCGAACUUCUCAAAAAUUUCAGGAAUCCUUAUGACUAGCAACACCCGCUAGUUGUUGUUGUCCAUGUAGUUGUAGUUGUAGUAGUAGCACAUUGACUUAAUACUACCAUUAUAGUUUUGAUUGAAUUUCAGUGAUGUCAUACAAGUGUAUGUUAAGAUCUCAUUCAUUGACAUCAAAAUUCUUUGUUUUCUACGGGGUUGGAUUCCCUUGC